GCAUAUACGAUCUUCUCCACGAACGUUGUCGCGCCAGCACUUGCAUAUCUGUACUGGCCGGAGAAGAGGGAUGGCGGCCGCAGCCUUGGAAUCAAUAUUGCUACCCUCGUGGGUACCUGUACAGGCAUGAUCCUUUUCGGACACCUCGCGGACAAAUUUGGGCGCAAACGCCUCUACGGGGUUGAGUUGGUCAUUGUGAUUUGUGCUACGUUGGGACUCACCCAAGCAUCCGCUGGUUAUGACAACAAAUCGAUGUACGUCUUCCCUUGGAUCAUAUUCUGGCGUACCCUCUUGGGCAUCGGGGUUGGAGCGGAAUACCCCUUGUCGGCUUUGAUCGCAUCCGAAUGGUCUUCAACUGAACAUCGCGGCCGCAUGCUGGCUGCGGUUUUCCUGAUGCAACCGGUUGCGCAGCUUGCUGCGCAAGGCGUCGGGCUUGGGGCGUUGAGAGGUAUAAGUGCUGGGCAUAGACCUCCGCUCAACCCAUCAGAAACCGAUCGAGAUAAGGCAGCCCCGGUCGUUGAUGCGGUCUGGCGUUUAGUAAUCGGAGUCGGAUCUGCACCAGCAAUUCUGGCCAUCAUCGGACGUUUGACUAUUCCAGAAACACCACGAUAUCUUUUGCUGGAACGUGACGGUCAGGCUGUCCUUGAAGGAACCGCAGAAGUAUAUCAUGAAUCGAUGAGGAACAUCUUCAACCGCGAUUCACCGACAGUUCUGCACCGAAUCGAUGCACUCAAUCGCAACAUUCUCGAAUAUCGCUGUUAUGGUACUGAGAUAUUACAGGCAACAUCCACAUGCUGGUUCUUGCUCGAUAUUGCUUACUACGGCCUUGGCUUGGACCAACCGCAACUUAUCAGUAAGAUUUGGCGCGCGAAGGUAGCGUCAGAUGGAGACUUGGACGACGCAAAGCAUCCCCUCGACUGGAAUAGCAACUCCCUGCCCCAUGAUGAGACACAACCAAUCUUCGAGGUUUUGGAGGGCAACUUCGUACGCGCCCUUUGGACAACGGGGCCUGCAUCGGUGCUUGGGUGUAUCGUGAUUCUCUGCCUAGUGAAUCGUGUUCCACGGGUCCGCUUCAUGGUUAUCAUGUUCGUCGUACUGGCUAUAGUCUUCGCGAUCCUUGGUGGCAGCUUAUUCAGUGUCUACGAGACGAGCCACCAUGAUGUUACGGUCGUGUUCUACGCCAUAUCCUUGUUUCUCAUGAACUUGGGUCCCAACACGAUCACCUUCAUGCUGCCCGCUGAGCUGUUCGAGACCAAGAACAGGGGCACGUGCUAUGGAUUUGCAGCUGCUUGCGGGAAGCUCGGUGCAAUCAUCGCGCAGAUCGCAAUGAAAUACAUAAGGGCGGGUGGUACAGAUAAAGAGCCAUUGGCUGGAUUACUACUAUUUCUCGUGCCUACCAUGCUCCUGGGGGCACUGGUAGCGGCAGUAUGGAUCCCAGAGGUGCAG